GACAACUUCGGCUACGACCUGCCGGCGGUGGAGGCCGCCAUGAAGAAGCACGAGGCCAUUGAGGCCGACAUCUCCUCCUACCAAGAGCGCAUCCAGGUGGUGGUGGAGCUGGCCCUGGAGAUGGAGUCCGAGGGCUACUACGACACCAAGCGCAUCAGCGCCCAGAAGGACAACAUCCUUCGGCAGUGGGGGCUCUUGACCGAGCUGGUCCGCGCCCGCCGCGCUCGCCUCGAGCAGAACCUGGCCCUGCAGAAGAUCUUCCAGGAGAUGGUCUACAUGAUUGACUGGAUGGAGGAGAUGCAGGUGCUGUUGGUCUCCAAGGAUUUGGGGAAGCAUCUUCUGGAGGUUGAGGACCUGCUGCAGAAGCACGGGCUGCUGGAGGCUGACAUCUCCGCCCAGACUGAGCGGGUGCAGGCGCUCAACGCCGCCGCGCUCAAAUCUGGUUCUCUUGGUCCAGGCUACCAACCCUGCGACCCCCAGAUCAUCUGCAACCGGGUCAACCACGUCCAGACGUGCCUGGAGGAGCUGGGGGAGCUGGCGGGCAAGAGGCGCAAGGAGCUGGAGGACUCCCGCCAGCUCUGGGCCUUCUUCCAGGAGAUGGAGGAGGCUGAGGCGUGGAUCCGCGAGAAGGAGCAGAUCCUGGCCGCCAAGACCUGCGGCCGGGACCUGAGCAGCGUCUUGACGCUGACCAACAAGCACAAGAGCAUGUUGGGCGAGCUGGGCAGCCGACGGGCGCUGUUGCACCAGACCAUGAAGAGGGGCGAGCAGAUCUUGGCCAAGAAACGCUUCAGCCCCGGCGGGAUCCAGGAGAAGAUGCGGGAGGUUCGCCUCCGCUGGAAGAAGCUGGAGGAGGUGACGGGGUUGCACCAACAGCGCUUGCAGGAGGCCCUCAACUUCUUCCAGUUCAGCGCCGAGACGGACGAUUUGGUGGCCUGGCUGCAGGACACCUACCGCAUCGUCUCCAGCGAUGACUUUGGCCAUGACGACUAUUCCACCCAAGCUCUUCUGCGGAAGCACCGGGCGGUGGUGGAAGAGGUGGAGAAGCACCGGGCGGCCGUGUUGGCCCUCCGGAAGCAGUUGGCUCUUCUGGCGCCCGAGCAUCGUCAAGGGGUUGACGUGCAGAUCCGGGUGGUGGAGGUGGAGCAGCUCUACGGGGAGGUGGCCGAGGUGGCCGUGCUGCGGCAGCAGUGGUUGCAGGACGCGUUGGCCGUCUACCGUAUGUUCAGCGAGGUCCACGCCUGCGAGGUCUGGGUGGACGAGAAGGAGCAGUGGUUGGAGAGGAUGGAGGUGCCGGAGGAGCUGGAUGAGGUUGAGGUGGUCCAGCAUAGGUUUGAGAGCCUGGACCAGGAGAUGAACAGCGUCAUGGGACGGAUCUUGGACGUCAACCAGGUGGUGCAGCAGUUGGUGGAUGGGGGCCACCCCAGCUCAGAGGAGGUCCGCUCCUGCCAGGACCACCUCAACAGCAGGUGGAACCGGGUGGUGGAGCUGGUGGAGCACAAGAAGGGCCAACUGAGCUCCGUCCUGAAGAUCCAGAACUACCUGCUGGAGUGCAGCGAGAUGAAGGUGCAGGUGCGGGAGAAGAGAAAAGCCAUUGAAGCCACGCAGUCGGGCGGCGGCGACCUGGGCGGCGUGUUGGCCUUGCAACGCCGCCUCUCCACCAUGGAGGCGGCUCUGGUGGUCUUGGAACCUCGGUUGGUGGAGCUUCAACGGGAAGGCGAAGCCUUGGCUGCCUCCCACCCCGGGAGAGCCCUGGAGAUCCUGCUGCCCUUCGAGCAGAUCAGCGAGGAGUGGGAGGCCCUGAAGCGGGCGCUGCAAGGUUGCGAGGACUCCUUGACCGUCGCCGGUCGCUUGCAACAGUUCAUCCAAGACUUGGACAACUUCCUCGGUUGGUUAGUCAAGACUCAAGCGGCCGUCGCCUCCGAGGAGGUGCCGGAUAGUUUGACCGAAGCGGAGAGGUUGUUGAACCAGCACGCGGCCCUCAAGGAGGAGAUCAAUGGCUACGAGGAGGACUAUGCCAAGAUCCAGGCGGCCAGCGACCUGUUGGCCUUGGAGGAGACCGAGGUCCCCUACCUCUCGUUGCAGCAAUGGUUGCAGAAGCUGGACGCGGGCUGGGGCAAGUUGCUGCAGAGCUGGGAGACACGGCGAGAGGUGCUGGUGCAAUCGCACGUCUUCCACCUCUUCCUCCAGCAGGGCGAGACCAGCCUCUACAACCAGGAGUCCACCCUGGUCCACGCCGAGCUCCCCGGCACGGUGGAAGGGGUGAACAACGCCAUCAAGAAGCACAAGGACUUCACCACCACCAUGGAC